GCGUGAAUUAUUUCAUGGAACAGCUGCUGCUCUUUAUUUUUACAAGUACAGAUCUAUCUGAUCAGUGUGCAGUACUAGUUUCCUCUAAUAGAAAAACAAGCCAAUCAAAUCUUGACAGUAAGCUUGGGAAGGACCUCACAAAGGGGGCCUGCUAUCUGUGGUCACAUGGUUGCUGAGUUGGACAAGUGUGGUUGUAACCAUUCUUCCCCU